UAUCUGUCCCAUACCUGCACUCGUACUAGUCAGUCUUGUAGUAUAGUCGUGCCUAUUAUUAGGUGAUUGCGUGAUGCCGUGUGGGGUUCCCAUCACAUUUUAUUAUUAUAAAUUAUUAUAGAAUAUCGUUGUCUCCAGUCUCCUCCGCACACCAACCGCAACAGAAAACAACCGUGUAUUACCGAUUAUUAUAAAUAUUACUUUUGUCGCGUAACCUUUCUACGACCACAGUCGACAGUGAUUGACCGAAAAUUGCAGUGUAAACUAGUUCGCCGAUUUGAGGUUCGUCAAAAACAUAUUAUUCAACCACGCAUAUGUAUUAUAUAUAUAUAUAUACAUAAUAAUAUUAUAUUAUAUACAUAUAUAAUAUAUUGUAUACAUUUUAUUGUAUUGAUAAUUAUCUAUUAUUCGCAGUAGUUCACCUGUUGAAAAAUAAUCCUCUCUUACUUAAUCAGACAAUACAAUAUGUUUUAUAAUACGUUUCUGACGGAAUAAAAUCGAUUUAUCGUAAUACGCUCGUUAUUGUUAAUAUUAUUCUGGUAAAUCCGUUUUAUUUUUUCGAUUUCUGCAAAUUGUUGAGAAAAAUUCGCGAUACGAAUUAAUAGCAUCCAUAUAAUCAAUGUCUACUCUGGAUAAGCCCUCGGCGGCGGUUUACGGCGAUUGCAGCAAUACUGCCUCGAUGAUGGCGAUCGAGAACGAUUAUUCGUGUCGGGCGUCCGGCAAACACAACCAGUUUUCUGGAAGAAAAAAGCUAACCUUAACACCAGAACUAAAACAACUAUCAUUUGAUUUCAUAAAGACACAGUGUUCUUUUAGCGAUUCAAGAUUUAUUCGUUUAAAUGGCUUCCAGUAUUUGAAAAACAAAGAAAUUACAUUGGAAGAAAACAUGGAUCUCAUUAGUGAAAACAUAUUAGUAGAAAGAAAAUAUUUCCAAGAUGUUGUUGACAGUUUAUUAAGCCAAGUGGUACAGCUAGAAAAAAAUAUUGACUUAAAAACAAUCAAAAUCGAAAACUUGCAACUGUAUAACUCAGAGAAAUUAAAAAUUAUCAACUCGCUUACAGUAGCACUUAAUGAAACCAAAUGGAAGCGUGACACUAUGCAACAGUUUUGUGAAGAACAUGCGCCAAAUGUACUUUAUAAAAGUAUGUUGUUAGUCAGUUGUGUUUUGGAUAAAAUAUCUGUUUUUAAAUCUAAUCAGGAUAAACUACAUUCAUGCUUAACCAAUUUGGAAGACAAUUGUCCUUUAGUUGAAGCGGUCAAACAGCUGAAAUCUGGUUGUGACAAAUGUAUUAGUGUCAUUGAGAAAGCUACUAUCAGAGAGUUGUCAUACGCAUUAAUGAACGAGAAAGACUUUAAUGACACAAUAAAACACACCAUUUAUAAUCUACAAAAUUUCCAAUUCAACGUACCACUUGACUGUAAUUCUGCCAUUGAAAAGAUCGGUUUGUUGAAAAUCACUCAGGAUGGUGAACAUAAUUUAGAGAAUAUGAUUGGCCUAUUGGAGUUAGUGAAGAAUUUAUUCCAGAAACAUCAAUAUCUGACCAAUAAAAUCAUUUCACUCAACAUGCAAAAAAUUGGUUUGAAGUUACAACUUGAUGAAAUGGAAAAUAAUAGGAAGGAGCUCGAACUAAAGGCAAUGACAGAAAUCGAAGUUGUGGAGAAAAAAGAAGAAUUAUUAAAUCAAAAUGAAUCAAUGAUUCAACAACAUUGGGAUGUAAUGGAUACUAGUCAAGAAAUAGUAAUGCAAACUCAAAGAGCUCAAGAUAUUGAUCAAGAAUUAGAAGAUCUUCAAAUAGAAUACCACAGUCACGACAAAGAUAACAGGCAAUUGAAAACAGAUUUGUGUCAUCUUGAAAAUGAAUUGGCAGAGUAUCAGCUCAAAUGUAAGCAAAUGGAAAUUGAAAACAAACAAAUUGAAAAUGAGAAAAUUGACAUUUUAGAAGCAUACGCCAAAUAUUGGGGACAUUACAAUGAUAAACAAAAGAUCAAAUACACAGGGAGGCUUAUUAAAGACAUAGAUUCCAUAACUCAUGAAAUUAAAUCAUUAGAACUGGAAUUUGAAAAACAAGUACAUAACAUUACAUCUACUGUCAGAACUCCAGUUUUUACUAAAACUCAAUCAAAGUCUGAGAAAACAACACGGUCAUAUGGAGUUAUUGAUACAUACAAACGUCCAAACAAAAGCUUGUUUCGGGAAGGUGUUGUCCGUAAUUUACGUUACUAAUGAUUGAAUUAGUUUACCUCAGUAAUGUACUAAUUUUGUGCUGUCAACUGGGUUUUCACUAUUCUACGACUGAUUUUAUUUUAUUUACACAACCAAUUACAUAUAUUAUGUUAAUUAAAUUAAUUAUUAUUUUGGUAUGUUAUUUUUUUUUUCAAUUUUAACAUUCAUAUUUGAUGUAAUAGAUUUUGUAAUAUUUGUUUUAGAAACAUAAUUUUUUUUAAUUUUUUGAACUGUUACUUCUGUAUGAAAUUUAGUUGUUUUGAUAAUUAUAAUAAAUAGGUGAUGAUUUAAUUUUUGGUAAGCAUUGUACCUCAUAAAAAUAUAUUCAAACAUUAGGACCUACAUGUUACUAGCUAAUUAAUAAAUAUGUUGGUAUUGAUUAAUUGCUGGACAACAUAUGAUCAAUAUGAAAUUGUUAAUUAAUUACAAACAGAUAUAAGUUAGAAUUACAAAAA